GGCAUUUUGAAGAAAGGAUCGAAUUGUCCUGACAGAAGAAGAAAUCUCAUCAGAAUCCAGUGUUUGUAGAGUCCGAAAGCUCAAAGCCCUCUUUUGAAAAUCAUCUUGGAAUUCAAAAUUUUCUAGGGUUUCUCUCUCUGUGAUCCAAUCUUGGGAAACCGAAUGAACUCUUUACCGUCGACGGCGAAUUCCGACAACGGCCGCCACGAAAACGGCGAGACGAGCACCGGAGAUGCUCGAGAUCGAGAUCUGAUGUUAAAUUUCUUAGGCAAGGUUCGUCUCUCCGCUACUACGCGUGGUGAUGCAAAGGAGGAAGAUGAAGGCGAGGAAUCGCCGACGGAGCUUAACACGAUUAAUAGCGCAGGCGGGUUUUUGAUUGUCUCUCCCGAUAAGCUUUCCGUCAAGUACACGAAUACGAACCUUCACGGUCACGACGUAGGCGUUGUUCAGGCUAAUAAACCUGCUCCGUUCAAGUGUCUCACUUACUACUUCGAGAUUUUUGUCAAGGAUGCUGGCUCUAAAGGGCAAGUCGCUAUUGGUUUCACUAAGGAGAGCUUCAAAAUGCGGAGACAGCCCGGAUGGGAAGUGAAUAGCUGUGGCUACCAUGGGGAUGAUGGACAUCUAUAUCGAGGAAAGGGAACGGGUGAAGCCUUUGGUCCAACUUUUACUAAAGGUGAUACUGUUGGCGGUGGUAUAAACUACGCUUCGCAGGAGUUCUUUUUCACUAAAAACGGAGCUCUUGUGGGGAAAAUCCCUAAGGACAUAAAGGGUGAUCUCUUCCCCACUGUAGCUGUACAUAGCCAAAAUGAGGAGGUCUCUGUCAAUUUUGGGAGGAAUAAGUUUGCUUUCGAUGUUAAGGGAUAUGAAGCAUCAGAGAGGAAUAAGCAACAAAUUGCUAUCGAGAAAAUAUCCAUACCUCCAAACAUUGGUUAUGGGCUUGUGAAGACCUACUUGCUACACUAUGGGUAUGAGGAGACACUUAAUGCUUUCGACCUUGCUACUAAAACUACAGUUCCUCCAAUUCAUAUAGCUCAAGAGGAUGCUAUUGAUGAGGAUGAUUCAUCAUAUGAUUUGCAUCAUAGAAAGACUCUUAGAGAGCUUGUCAGAACUGGUGAGAUCAGUGCUGCGCUGGAAGCACUCCGGACUUUGUAUCCCCAAAUUGUACAGGAUGAUAGAUCGGUAGUUUGUUUCCUCCUUCACUGUCAAAGGUUUAUUGAACUAGUACGGGACGGAAAACUUGAAAAAGCUGUCAAGUAUGGCAGACUCGAGUUAGCUAAAUUUGUUGGGUUAACGGGGUUUCAAGAUAUAGUCGAGGACUGCUUUGCCUUGCUAGUGUAUGAAAAUCCCGAAGAAUCAUCAGUCGGGUAUUUCCUAAAAGAUUCACAGAGGGAACUAGUGGCUGAUGCAGUGAAUGCAGCGAUUCUAUCAACAAAUCCGAAUAACAACAAUGUGCAGAGAAGCUGCCACUUGCAUUCCCAUCUGGAGAAACUGCUCAGACAACUAACUGUGUGCUGUUUGGAAAGGCGGUCACUGAAUGGAGACCAAGGCGAGACAUUCCGGCUUCACCGUGUUCUUAGCAACAACAGUACAAGAAGAUAAAAUUGGGUUAGCCGGGCAUUCUCUUUUGAAAACUCUGGUUUGUUUGGUUGUUUAAAUCAUAGGUGGCUUUUGUUCAUACCUGUGUGAUAUUAUGUUGAACUUUUCCAUUAUGUAAAAAAGAAAGUUUAAAAAUAAACUGGCAGUUAUGUUUCUCCAAA